AUGUCCAACCAAUCUUUGGCGCUUGUUGCAUAUGGCCCCAUAAGUCGCGGGCAAUGGAAAUUGCAGCAUGCUAUCCCGCGCCCCAUUAGACCAGACGAAGCUUUAGUGCGGCUGGUAGCUAGUGGGGUUUGCCGCGCAGAUAUCCAUAUCGGUGAUGCUGCGACGGAGGGAAACACGAAUCCGGGAAUAUAUUAUCCUCGAAUUUUGGGUCACGAGGGAUCUGGAUUUGUCGAAGAGGUUGGGAGCGCUGUGACAAGCGUGAAAAUGAACGACCCGGUUAUCACGUCCUUCGCAUCUUGCGGAGAGUGCUACAAUUGUGACGAUGACCACCCGGCGUAUUGUAUAGACGGGUUUGAACACAACUUUGUUGGGGAGAAAGAGAUGUAUUCUGCAUCAAGCAACGGCGACUUUGACAUUGCAGCCUCUUUCUUUGGACAGUCAAGUUUUGCCAAAAUGGCGAUUGUCAAAGCACGGAGCCUCGUCAACGUUUCUGGUCUAGGCGUGACGAACGAGGAGCUCAGGCUAUUUGCACCACUUGGUUGUGGAAUCCAGACGGGAGCUGGAGCAAUGACGACAAUUGCUGAUGUUAAACCCAAUCAAGACGUGGCUAUCUUGGGAGUUGGGGGUGUGGGCCAAAGUGCAAUUAUGGCUGCUGCCAUGCGUCAGUGUCGAACAAUCAUCGCCAUCGACCACACCAGAUCGCGUCUGGAACUAGCGAAGAGCUUAGGAGCAACCCAUACGAUUCAGACUUCCGACCCAAACAUUGACCUUGUCGCCGAGGUGCUCAAGAUUACCGGACAAAGAGGUGUUCAUGUGUCUUUGGACACAAGUGGAGUACAGAAGCUGGCUAAAGCUUCAUGGGACUUUGUGCGGUGCCUCGGCAAGGUCCUACAAGUUGGUCUUGCAAAGCCUCUAGAUAAAUGGGAUAUCUCCAUGGCAGAUCAUAUGAAUUCUGGAAAGCAAAUCAUUGGAUGCGUACAAGGCGAUGCUAUUCCUCAAAAUUAUAUUCGUGAGAUGAUAGGAUGGUACAAAGCAGGGAAACUUCCAGUGGAAAAGAUUGUCAAUUUCUAUCCUGUGGAGGAAUACCAUCGAGCGUUCCAGGAUAUGGAAGAUGGAAAGACCAUCAAGCCUAUUCUGGUCUGGAAUGAUUCGUGUCAAUCUAAGAUCUAG